UUCAACUUAAGAAUCUUACAGAAAUAACAUGAACUACAUCUUGUCGUCGGUACCACCGCUACAUCUGGCUCCGCGCCCACCCCGGAACCUCGUCGGACGCGAGCCAGGCGCGCUCCGCGUCAGUGGUGUCGCGGCCGAGCGCCUGAUUCCGGUGCGGGUACCUCCCGAAUUUCCUCAGCACUUCUGUGUGAGACUCGAGCUGAGGCAGAAGCUUGUCAGCAAGAACUGGCGCGUGGGAUUCACCAGUGUGUUCCCGGAGGAAUGCGGCGGCGCGGUCGUGGAGCUGUACGUCCUCGGCGUGCAGGAGGCUCGUCGUAAGGAAUACGGCCGCCGGCCAGGGCAGGUCGGCGGGCCGCGCGGCGAAGCGGUCGAGGAGCCGCACGGCCACCUCCUGCGCCGCGUUGUCGUAAGCGAACGCUUCCGACGUGCCACGGAAGGCAUUGCGCGAGAGCUGAUCGAGCAGUACGAGGCGCGCAAUCAGUCCAGGCACGUCGUCCCAAGCCUCGCCUCGCAAGCUGCCGGCGCCCGCGGCGCGGAUGAGCGGAAUGAAUUCGCAGCAUUCUGCGUCCAGCGAGGGCCCGCCGAAAAACCACCGCUUGAUUCCUUGAUCAGCAUAUUCCUUGGCAUCCAUGCCACCGUCCACCCACUCCUGCCCAAACCAGAAGGUUAUCACAUCCGACGGCUUGUCGAUGCUCGACGAGGCCAUGCCUGCUGCCAGCGCCGAUCUGAUCGAGUGCUGGUGACACGGCUCGAAGUUACAGACGUGCAACGCGAGCGCUGGCAAGCAGUACAGCAUCUGCAGAGCUGCAGCAAAAGCGGAGAGCGUUUCUAGUAUCUUACUGUCGCUAGAUAAUGAG